ACAUAACAAUACCCCAAUUUGUUCUAUUUUAAUAUCCCAGUCUACAUGUUACAGUAGUUUUCCCACUUUCAAAGUAAUAAGAUCUAUUAUGCAAACAUCACUUUCAAGAAAUGUCUGCCAUGCCGGGGUGUCUCCGCCUUUUUUAGUUAUCACAACAAUCACCUGAGUGGGCAAUGAGUCUAAGUUGCGUCUUGUGUGUUUUGAUAAGCUGUGGAUAAUGAAUGGGCUGGAGACUAUUUGCAGGUAUAUAAGAGGCUGAGAGCUCAGCAUUGUCAGUACCUAAGCAUUUGAGCAAGCAUUGACAUCUCAGCCAAGAUGACUUCUUCCUCCAUCGUUUUUCUCUUUGGUACUUUCCUUGCUGGACUUAGCAAAGCAUUUGACAUGGGAUUAUCCACAAGAUGUAUCUCUAUACCUGAAGACUUGAGCAUGUGCCAUGAUGUUGGCUAUACGGAAAUGAGACUUCCCAAUCUGUUUGGGCACACCAGCAUGGCAGAAGUUGUGUCCAAGUCUGCUGAAUGGCAUAAACUGCUGAAUACCGGCUGCCACCCAUAUGCCCGAACCUUUUUGUGUUCCCUCUUCUCCCCUGUCUGCAUGGAUACGUUCAUCCAACCUUGUCGCAGCAUGUGUGAGUCUGUGAGAGACAGCUGUGCCCCUGUGUUGGCAUGCCAUGACCAAUCCUGGCCUGAAAGCCUUAACUGUGACCGGUUUCCUGCUGGAGAUAACAUGUGCCUUGACAACCUUGGCAAAGAGUACCAGAACAAAUACAAAGAACUGCCAAAGCCAACAUGUCAGGGAUGCCCACUGAUUGAAGAGACUUAUUCAUAUAAAACUGCCCUGAAUGCUUUCUGUGACAAUGACUUUGCUGUGAAAGUAAAACUAGCAAGAAGAAAGAUUACCCAAGGGCAUUACGAGUUUAUGACAGAGGGUCCAGUAGAAUUUAUUAAACAGGGACAGCUGUUUCCAUAUGACACACGCAACAUGAUCGAACAGUGGCUGCGCAUCAAUGACAAUUGCGGACAACGUAUGAUCCGUCACUCCAGGUCUAUGACCUAUGUUAUUGCUGGUAACGUCCAACAUGGAAAAGCUGUGGUCAACAGGGUCUUCCAUUUGCAGAAGAAAGACAUUCAGCUGACUCUGGCCACCAGAAAGUGGAGGCACCAUAAAUGUUAAUGGAACUGUUGGACUGUAAUCUGGGAAAAUUCAAGGCACUCUUAUUGGAACUGAAUGUAAAUAGCUACAUUAUAUAUAUACAUAUAUAUUUUAUAAAGAUUUAUUUGGACAGGAGGCAGUGUUGUGUCAGCAAUCCCUGCUGUGCCAAAAUUGUCAAAUUGUAAAAACUAUAUCCUGUGUACAGAAGCAAAAUAUAUUAUGAUAAAAUGUUUAUUACUUUA